AUGCAUUGUACGGCUACUGGACGUGGUGUGCCGUCUGAUGGCACCUUGACUCAAGAUCCGCAACUGUAUCGUUCUCAGCUCGUACCAAGAGAGAGUAUAUGCUGGCCACUGAUAGUGCAGAAACUUAUUUGUGCAGAGAUGGAGGCUCGCACACGACUUGUCUGCGAUGCCCUGACCUACUUUCAGCGUAUCGCAAGCCUCUGCGUCGCUGAGCGUCACGGGCGGUGGGCGAUGUCCUUAGCCGACAAUAGGCCGCGUAGCGGCUGGUAUUGCCCCAAGUGCGGCUUUGCCGAAGAGGUUAGCGACUCCCUCAACACCCAAGGGCCAAUACGCACCUCCGUCGAGGUGUGUCGUGAGCCCUUUCUGCGCGAGAGGAGCUUCACCCCGGUUUGCAAUGAGAUUGAGUUGCAAAGGCAGCAGCAGCCCAACUAUCGCUACAUCAACGACGCCGCGAUUCUACUCGAGCACCAAAAUCUGUUCCACCAAGAGUAUGGCUCGCUGCUGCAACGCAUCAAGUCGGCCAGUAAGGGCAUCCAAGAAAGUGUAACUCGGUGACCUGGGGUGUUUGACCCCUUUUUCGAUCCUUCUUCUACAUUUACAACCUGCUUUCUCCCGAUCCGGUGCGACCACUAAAUAUGUGGUUUUUCUGUGAGCCCAUUUGGUGAAACCCUUCCACUUGGAAACAAGUGGAAAAGCAGCAAGCGUGAGUCAACCGUGUAG